AUGAUGGACAUCACUUCUUCGCCCUAUUACUAUGAAAACAUCACUGAUUAUGAAAUUUCACAGAUUCAAUGGGACUCGAGCGAGCUUCCGAUUGCUGAUCGUCGAUUUCAAUAUAAUGCAUUGGAAAAAGCGUUGACCUUUGCUGGUGCAUUUGGUGGAGCUCUUGUAGGGACGCAACCGGUCGGAGGGUUGAUCGGAAAAUAUGGGGAGCACAAGGUCAUGAUGAUCAUCGGGAUGAUGGCUACGCUAUGCGUCGUCCUCGUCCCAAUCUGUAUUACCACCUCCUUCUGGCUUUUCGUAGCUGUUCGUUUUAUUUCGGGUAUCGCACUCUCGAAUCUCUUCCCGAUUGCUGGAAUCAUUGUCAAUACGUGGGCCCCGGUGACUGAAAAGGGGCUUUUCGUUGCUGUACUCUCCGGCCAUGUUGAGCUGUCACCACUCUUUACCAUGCCGAUGUCCGGCAUUGUCGCGACAGGAGUCAGCUGGCCGGCCGUUUUCUACAUGCACGGAUUACUGUGCGCUAUUGGGACGGUUGUUUGGAUUCUAUUUUAUAGGAAUGACCCUAAAACCCACCAAUUUGUCGGGCGUGCCGAAUUGAAGAUCAUCAGCGAGGGCAAGCAGGCGAAGGUGGAGGGACAGCGCGUUGAGGUCCCAGUCGUUCGCAUCAUCCGCUCAAUCGUCAUUUGGGCCGUUUGGAUCGCCGUCAUCGGAAACUUCUUUGUGGCGCAAUUCAGCAUCACUUACGCGCCGAUGUACCUUGCAUACGUUCUAAAUUACACUGCACUCGAGGCUGGGCUGAUUACCAUGAUCCCAUUGGGGUUGCUGCUUGUUCUGAAAUUCGCCACUGGCAUGGUUUCUGACCGUCUAAAGUCUAUUUCGGAGGUGGGAAAGCUUCGUCUCUUCUCUUCUCUUUCGCUGCUCGGCUCGGGCUGUUUCUUUAUUCUAGUCUCCUUCUUCCCUCCAGGAUAUCACGUUGGAGAUGUCAUUUUGAUUGUAAUCCCCGUGGCUCUGCUUGGCUUCCAAUCGGGUGGCUACCCAAAAUGCGUAGUGAUGGUGUCGAGGCAACAUUCAGCCUGGGUCAUGGGCACUGUGCAGAUGCUUGCCGUGUCGUCAUUGGUAGUUGGUUCAUUUGUGGUCCCGGCAAUGACCACGGAGGAUACUUUCGAGCAAUGGAGAAACGUUUUUACGCUUUACGCAGCAUUAAUGGUCCUAUGCAACACCAUCUUUGUAUGUUUCGCCCGGGCGGACCCUUGCAAAUGGACCUUUGAUGCGGCCAUUGGGCAAGACCAGGUAGUAUCGGCUAAAUCAAAUAGCAUCAACGACUUAAUUAGACGUACAAUGUUGAACUGCGUACGCCAUUCGGCUCGAUUUGCCUCGAACGCCGCGAGGGCUACGGUAAACACGGCAGCGUCCGAUUCCGAGGAUAUUUUUGCACGCGAGAAACGCUAUGGCUGCCACAAUUACAAGCCAGUGCCGGUCGCAUUGGCUAGGGGAGAAGGUGUUCAUGUCUGGGAUGUUGAAGGCAAGAAAUAUUUUGAUUUCCUAUCAGCAUAUUCGGCUGUAAAUCAGGGACAUUGCCAUCCGAAACUGGUCGAGGUAAUGCGCAAACAAUCGGCAAUCCUCACCCUCACAUCCCGUGCCUUCUACAAUGAUGCCCUCGGGGAGUUUGAAGAAUACAUUACUCACUUGUUGGGAUAUGAUAAAGUGUUGCCAAUGAAUAGCGGUGUCGAGGCAUGCGAUUCGGCCGUAAAGCUCGCUAGACGCUGGGCAUAUGACGUGAAGGGAGUUCCGAAAGAUCAGGCCAAGGUCGUUUUUGCGAAGGACAAUUUCUGGGGCCGAUCUAUUGCUGCCAUUUCCGCUUCUAACGAUCCUGAUUCGUUUGAUCGAUUUGGGCCCUUCGUUCCUGGAUUCUCGAGUGUACCAUUUAAUGAUGUAGCUGCUGUUGAGCAAGCCGUCUCGGACCCGAAUUGCGCAGCAUUUAUGGUGGAGCCAAUUCAAGGUGAGGCCGGAGUGGUGAUCCCGGAUGUUGGGUAUUUGCAGAAAGUCUCUGAAAUCUGUAAGAAACACAAUGUGCUCUUCAUCACUGACGAAAAUACUCACGGUGAUAUUAUUCGGUUUGCGCCACCGCUGGUUAUUAACCGUCAACAGGUCAACGAUGCCGCCGACAUUAUCGAAAAGACCGUCCGUGAAAUUUAUUCU